AUGAGGACGGUGAUAGCCUUCUUCUGGUUCUGUGUGCUCAUCAUCGAAGCAGCCUACACUGCCAACCUCGCCGCAUUCCUCACCCUCCAACAGAUAGAUGAGAGGGUCAAAUCCGUCUACGACUUGGCGGGCCAGACCAAGAUCAAGUACGGGGUUGAAAAGGGCAGUGAAAUCAUGGCGUUUUUCAAGGGACAGAAAGAAGACCCUUUCCAGAGAAUGUGGUCUAUCAUGAAAGUCCACGAGAAGGAAUGUAUACUGGCCAACAGAACGGACAUCUUGGAGAGGGUCAUAGCUGGAAAACUGGCCUUUAUAUCGGAUGGAGUCAUCAACAAUUACUAUGCCAACCAACACUGCGGCAUCGAGAGUAUAGAGCAGAGCUUUCAAAUCAAAGAUUUUAGUAUAGGUUUACCUCGAGGGGCGCCAUAUCUGGACGACAUCAACCAAGCCUUGCUGGAACUAAGGGAAGAUGGCGUCUUAGAUUACCUCAAAGAAAAGUGGUGGUCAGUGGGAAGCAACUGCACAAAUGAUGGCAUCACCUGGUCCAUCAGUCAGAAGAGCACGGCAGAACUGGAUCUCACUAACAUGAUCGGAGUCUUUAUCGUGCUCGCCGUCUUCAUCGUUCUUGCCGUCCUCGUUCACGUGGCAGAAAAGUUAUUUAAACGAAACAGAAUGAAAAGGAGCCAAAAUCAU